AUGAGCGAGCCUGGACCAGAGCCGCGAUCAGCGGCGCCCGCUGUCGCAGCGAGAGCGAGCAUGAAUUACCCAUUUGCUACCUCUCCAGACAUUCUGCGCGUUCACCAGAAGGAUGCAUAUAUCUCUGCGCAGCUGUCAUCAGAAGCAUCGAACAUCCUCAGACUUCUCCUCGGUGCCCGCUUCGCGCACAAGUAUGCCGGUGCAACAUCCUCGUUAUCGGAGUUGAUGUACCUUUGCCUGACGACGCUGCUCGGAAAUCGUACUCUCGGGGAGGAAUACUGCGACGUGAUACAGGUCUCGUCAGCAACGACCUCGCUGAGCCUUCCGAACCUGCUACAGCGCCUCUCAUAUAUAAUGUCCGUCACAUUGACUCCCUGGGCAUUAGCACAUACGCUGCCUGCUCUCCGAAGACGGCUUCGGGCGAAACUAGAACACAGCACAGCAAGACAAAGAGCGCGAUUAAAGCCAACAGAGCCGGCUUCUCGCGGACUUCGACUACAAGAAUACGUCCUGAAACAUCUGGACACAUUGACCUCGCUUUCGCCCAUCUACGCUGUCUCACUCAUUGCAUUCUACUUCACCGGUAGCUAUUAUCACAUCUCGAAACGCCUGACAUCGCUUCGGUACAUCUUUACCAAGAGACUGGGUCCGCAUGAGCAGCGCGAGGGAUAUGAGGUGCUCGGCGUUCUGCUCGUGCUACAGAUCCUGGUGCAGUCCGUGCUGCAUGUGCGGGAAACGAUCUUCGCAUUUCGUGCUGUCGAGCCCGGAGCCACUGCGCCAACUGCGGCCAUCGUCGGACCAGGCAUCGAGCUGCCAGUCUCAGUGACAGGGUCUGACCCAACUGCAGUGCCUGCGCCGAAGGUCCUUCCACCGGGUCUAUCUUCGAACACCAACACUCCAAUUCUCACCGAGCCAAGGUACGAGCUGACGAAUUCUUCAACCCUGGCUUUCAUUGGCGCUUCUGCGGACUCGCCGUCCGAGAAGGAACAGCAGAGAAAGUGUACAUUAUGCCUGGAAGCAUACAAGGACCCUAGCGUGACGACUUGUGGGCAUGUGUUCUGCUGGGAAUGUGUAAUGGAUUGGGUCAGGGAAAAACCGGAGUGCCCGCUAUGCCGACAGAGCAUCUUGCCGCAGAAGGUGCUGCCGCUACGAGGCUAG